GUCCUUUAAAUGUCUAGAGACCCAUUUAAAUUAAACAUGAUACCUUUUUCAAAAUAUUUAAACAAACUGUUUUUUUAGAUGUUUAGAAAGAUAGAGCAGUUAUGCCUUUGGAAAGCAAUCAUUGAGGAUUUCACUGAACAGUUUCCCCGAUUACGACGAAGAGCACACGGCGGGUGUGAAUGGUCAGCAGAGGAUGCCCACUCCUCCAUGACACCUGAUUCUACCUCUAAUUUUUGAAGAUCUGUGUUUGCUGUGCUCCUGUUUUGUAAUUUUCCUUUGGACUUUUGAAUUUGACACUGUUGGUUAUCACCUCAUGCCAUAUAUAGAUUAUAUAAGAGCAUUUAAUAAUGGUUCCUCAAAAAUCAACAUAAAUUUUUUAAGAAACUUUAACUAUUACAGAUAGCAGUCAAUCAACUGUAUUUACAUUAAUUACAAAGAUUUUAUUAAAUUUCUCAUGGAUAUAUGAAUUUUGACAUUUUUUGUCCUCCAUAUAUAAAAGUUCUCGUCUUUUAACCAUUUAGCAUUAUGAAUAGAAAUCAGUCAUACAUGUAGUUGCUUUGAUUGUGGAAACAUUAUUAAUGCUUGGCUUAUGGAAAAGAAAGAUAGAGCAGUUAUGCCUUUGGAAAGCAAUCAUUGAGAAUUUCACUGAACAGAUCAAAGCUGAAGCAUGCAGUUUGUGUUAAAACUCAUCGCUGUAUUUGUCAUACUGGCAGAAAAUGAAAUCUAUUCAUCGAUAGUAUCAGAAACCCUAGAGGCUUGUCAUGGAUCAAAUUUCUAUGUCGAUAUUCUGCUAGACGCAACCACUAAAGAAAUCAAUGUCAACAUUCCAUCUCUGUACCAAAACAAUAUCAUCCUUACAUGCUCGAUUCCCUUUGACAAGAAACCUAAUUGCUUACCCGUCCCAAUUGUUCAGUAUAAAUUUAAUCAAACAUCCAAGAUUUUAACGUUUGAUAUGAAAUACCAUAACAAAGAACAUGCUGAAAAAGCAUUGUUUGUGAAUUCAACACUACGCAACGGAACAACACAUAGUAGGAAGAUAAUUCUUUUGCCAUGCAAAGCCGAUUUUAAAGCAAAAGCCACCCAUAACAACACAUACGUGACAAUCACGUGUGAAAACAGAUCGUUUAAUCAAUCAAGUGGUAUGCAAAUCUUACAGGGAGACAACAUCGUAUCGCAGUGCCAAUGGAACAAAACAACACCAAAUUGCAUUUCAGCCAAAGGAUUGGCCAACGGAAUUCAAAUGACCACAGAACACGACCCAAAGAUCAAGUACAGCUGUGGAAUGGAUGGUCAAUUUGUCCAACUUAAUUAUACUGAAGAAUCCACUGUAUUACCAGAAUCACUCUCGUAUUCUUCUAGACUUUCUGAACCACAACAAAUAUUGAUGCUUACAUGUAUUCUUCUGACUUGCGCACUCUAUUACUAAAGAAGACUCAAAGAAUGCCAGCACAAGUCAACCGUGGGGCUUAAUUGGAUUUGAUCAACCUGACCGUAUUUGAUAACCUCAUAACACUCAAAGAAUGAAACCCUUUUUCUCAAAUAUUAUGGAUGACGUUAGUGUUGAUGAUUCUGGUCGUUUACAACUUUUGUCCAUGGAACUACAACAUUGUCUUGUAUGUGGUUUACUGACCGCUAGUUCUUACAAAUAAAAAUAUUCGUUUGUA